AAAGUGUGUGACUCAGAGUAAAUGUUCAAUGUUAAUUAAUCGAUUGAAAACCUGAGCUCUAUUUUUAGUAGGAAGAAGAAAAGAGAGAAUGAAGAGAGGAAAGGGAGAAAGAUGGAGAAGAGGAGAAAAUACUUUUCUCAGAUAGUCACUGCUUCCCAUUGCCCCCUGUCCCCACAUGUUGUUCCCACCACACCCAUUUAUCUGUACACAGAAUCUAUACACCACACAUCUAUAUAAGAUCUUUAUCUGUCCUCUGCUGAGGGUAAGUUUUCCCCAUAGCCGUAGUCUCCUCGCAGGGAAAAGGAGUUUUCCAUGUGGUCAUUGCGUCAUAACUUUCUUUCUUCUUGUGAGUCCCCCCACCUCUGCAGGGAUGGGCAGGGAAAACCCCAAUGCUGGGUAUAAAUACCCUAGACCUGGGGAGAUGGGGAUACAGAAUAACUUGAAGGCACAUCAUCCUCAGAAGCCUCAGUUCACUCCAAGAUGCAGCACACCCCUGUGGUCAUACUAUGCCUUCUGCUUAUAACACUGGGGCCUCAAGAUUGCUUCAGCAGUAGUUUGAUAGAUUCAAAUCCCACCUGCUGCUUUGCCUUCCUGAAGAAGAAACUUCUAUCCCAACGCAUCAAAAGCUACAGUUUCACCAGCCCCUCCUGCUCCUACAAGGGUGUGAUGUUUACUCUGAAGAAGGGCAAAAUACUCUGUGCCCGUUUUGAAGACAAUUGGGUUCAGGAUUAUGUAAAUAAAAUGAACAAUAACAGCUCAAUUUAAAGUCAAAAUUGAGGGCCACCAAUUCCAGAAGACCAUCCUGAUUCCAGGAGUUGUCAUCGUACCCAUCCUUCCUUUGGAUAUAUUGUAUAUUUAAUUGCCUGUGUCUAUGUUGUGUCCCCAGUUAGACAACGAAGGUUUCCCACUCCCCCCAUCCUUUUUGUCUUAUAUCUCCAGUACCAAUCAUACUGUCUGACACAUCAGGGAAUUGACAAAUGUUUGUUGAAUUGGAUUGAAAGUGGAUUUCCAACAAAGAAUGAAGGCUGUCUGGGGAGCUUUGGGCCCUGUUUAUCCACUAGUCCAUGACUGACAAUUUUGCCAGGCUCUGAAGCUUGAACUAGGUCUCAAUAAGCUAUUAUUAUGUCUUAUUUAUUGAUAGGUCUAAAACCUUCGAUUUUUGUAUUGUUUAUUUCUUGAAUUCUGCUUGGAAAUGGAGGUGUAGCCUUGUUGGACUCAAACUGAGUGUCAUAAGUCAACAUAGGUCUGUUUGACUUGAAAUGAACAUAACAUCUAUAUUAUAACAAAUAAAAAGUCUAACUCCA